ACAUAUAAACAUACCGUAUGCAUGAUGAAUGUCCCAUUUUUUGCAAAUUAAAGUGGAAAGUCAUAUGAACGAAGCCAAUAUGAAAAAGAAAAAAUAUAAUACUUUCAUAUUAGGGCAAAAAUAACCCGUAACGAAAUGUGCCCCUUCCGCAAGUGGAGAUUUACCCGUACAGUACAAGUUCGCUCGCCCGGCUGUUCGCUCACUCGGCUGUUCGACCGGUCGACCGAUCACCCAUUAUUAUGAGAAUUUUUUUUUUUUUUUUUUUUGAACAAAUAAAGAGCCUCCGUUGACAUACCCGCUGAUCAUUUUUUAAAGGAUAAAAAGGAUAAAAAUAUUUUGACAAAAGUUAACUCCCCCAAUUUGGUAUCCCCCCCUGUAUAUAUUCACAAAGCAAAAGAGUUAAUCAGUAGUUUUACUUGAAGCGUGACCUGAGCCCCCGCGAAUUUGGCCAUUCCUCGUCGAGGCAACCAAGCCAUUAUAAUAAGCAGUGUAUUUAUUGUGCAAACUCGCAUAAACGUAUUUUUACGCACGUUCGUACAUUGCGUGUAUUAUACAUUCGUACGUUUGAGCCCCCCGAAGGACCACCACCCCCACAGCAAAGCUGACAGAAAAUGGAUUUCAAACUCCUAGCCCCGAAGAACGACAUAAGGUCGCUGAAAGUCCAAGUGGUUGCCUCCUUCUGCAACGUCAAGCUGAACAUCCCCCAGUUCGAAAUCGGGAAGGAUGACAAGACGCAGGAGUUCCUGAAUUACUCUCCCCUGGGAAGACUGCCCGUUUUAGUAACCUCCAGUGGAAGCCUCUUCGAAAGUAAUGCCAUUAGUAAGUACCUAUGCAACAUAAGGAGGGAGAAUAACCUCCUAGGAAAGGGAGCCUUUGAGGAGGCACAAGUGAACAUGUGGGUAGACUUUAAUACCUACGAAUUGGAAAUCCCAGUCUGUUGCUACAUUAGCAAUAAGUCAAACGAAAAGUCCCUAAAGCAUAUACAAGAAACGUUUGCCUGUUUGAAUAAUCACCUCUUGCUAAACCAGUUUAUGGUGGGGAAUGGAAUCACCCUAGCGGAUAUAUUCAUCUGUGUCAUUAUAAACUUUGCAAUGAAAUCGGAGAAAAUGGAUGAGGGGUUUUUAAAAAAAUAUGUAAAUUUAUUUCGCCUGUACAACACGAUAAGCAAUCAGAAGCAGUUCAAGUACGUGUUUGCCAGUCAGCAGGCGGCAGCCAAAAAGGGAGGUGCCCAAGAGAAGAAUGCGCAGAAAAAUGCAAACGAGAAGAAGAAGGAUAAAGGUAGCAAAAAGAAAGAAGACAAGCAUGGUGACGACGAUGAAUGCGAGUUAUUAAGUGAUGAACCGACUGAAAAGAAACCCAAGAAAACGAAUCCACUCGAUUUAUUACCCCCAUCCUCCUUCUCCCUUGAUGAGUGGAAAUACAAGUUUAGUAACGAAAAGGAUCUCCUCAACGUCGCCAUGCCUCAUUUCUGGAAGACGUAUGAUGCAAGUGGUUUCUCCCUAUACUAUAUGAAAUAUGACAAGCUGGAAGAUGAAUGUCAAAUAUCCUUUGUCGCUUGUAACAUGGCUGGUGGGUUUUUGCAAAGGUUAGAUAACAACUUUUCUAAAUACUCCUUUGCUGUGAUCACUGUGCUGGGUGAAAACAAGGACUACGACAUCGAGGGGGUGUGGCUGUUCAGGGGCACCGAAAUUCCUUUCGAGAUGAAGGACCACCCGUCGUUCGAGUACCACGUGUUUAAAAAGCUGGAUGUCAAUAACAGCGCGGAUAAGCAGAUUGUGGAGGACUACUGGUGCUCGAAGGAGUCCGUCGCCGCGCGUCCCCUCGUCGACCGCAAGGUUUGGAAGUGACGCGCCGGGGUGGUCGGCGGUAGCCAGCGGUAACGAGCGGUAACAAGCGGUAACAAGCGGUAACCUGUGUCCACCUUCGUCUGCCAGCGGUAACCCGCACCUACCUUCGUCUGCGUGCGUCUACGUGCGUCCAAACCGCGUACCAUUUCAUGACAACGUUUGCGCCAUGUGUGCGUCUCUAUCGCUACCACGCCGUGUGCAGGCGGUGUGCACGGGGUUUGCACACGACGCCCCCCCAGAACCAAAGCGAAAACGCGAAAAGACAAAACUGAGCAGAUGUUAAAUCAUCGAAUAGCGGAUUUGCUGCCGUUUUGAAAGGUCACAAGGAAUGCGCCGUUCAAAAUGGUUAGCGGCGGAAUGGGGGAGAGGAGGAUAUUAGGAGCGCCACGUUGCUCUCCCCCCCUCGAUGCUAACCACCUCCCGUUCGUAUAAGCAAACGCAAAAUUACACUCGUGCAAGAAUUAAAAAGUAUUCAAAAUGGGUUUGGUUAGUACAAGGGAGCAUAUGACGCGCCCCCCUCACGGGUGUAACUAUAUAAAUGCUGAUGUCCACUCCGGCAUCUUCACACGUAACCAAUUUUGUGAGGCGUAAGGGGGUGACUUUGUGAUGCAUAACGGGGC